AGCACAUACCGCAGCAGAUCCGUUUCGGGCAGAUCCAGACAGGCGCAGAAGUGUUCCCUCGUCAAAAAGCAGAAGCAGAACUAAUCAAAAACAUAAUGGACGGAGCUCUUUCACGAACUGAGAAUACGGAGGUGAAUAGUUGGAUUAAAUUUGGCAUGCGCCUGGGAGUUAGUGCUGCCUUGCAUCCGUUUGAGUACUCCAAGACGCUGAUUCAGCUGGGAUAUGAGCCGAUUGCUGCCAUUCCCAGCACGUCGUGGACUGGCAAACCAAUCCUGAAGCUGCCGAACAUUUUUCAAUACACCGGUCACAUCAAGAGAAUUGAUGGAUUCUAUGGCUGCUAUCGUGGCCUGGCACCUAAGCUGGUUGGAUCCGUUGUGGCGAUGGUGGUGAGCGAGCGGGUGGUCGAAAAACUGGGACUGAACUCUUUGGAGGAAUCCAAGGAUGACACAGAUAUGUCGGAGGAAGACGAGUAUGCUCAAUUCAAGCUACAUCUGAAGCGUGAUAUUGUGGUGACUGUGAGUGGAAUCGUCGCGUCGCAUCCUUUCCACGUGAUCUCGGUGCGGAUGAUGGCCCAGUUUAUUGGCCGCGAGACUCUGUAUCGUUCCAUAGCCGGUUCGAUUGCGGAGAUCUGGAAGACUGAGGGAAUUGGUGGCUUCUUUGCUGGUCUGGUGCCCAAGCUCUUGGCCGAUGUUGCCUGUCUGGUUCUCAGUAGCUCCACGAUCUAUAUUUUGAACAAAUAUUUGAUCAAGGACAAGCUGACCAGGCAGUACAACGCUGCCAUGAUACAAUUUGGCUAUUCAAGUCUGCUGUAUCCUUUGCUAGUGGUUUCCACUUGCUCGGCUGUGAGUGGGUCGCGUCUGAUGGCCGGGCAACCGCCCAUCAUGCCCGCCUACGCUAAUUGGGUAGACUGCUGGAACGAUCUGCAGGCCCGUAAAGAGCUUAAGCGGGGCGGCUCGCUCCUUUGGCGCUCUCAAAUUAAACGUUCUCCCAGCAUUUCGACUGGCUUUGUGCCUUUGCCCACAAUAGCUCGUUAUCAAUAAACACCAUAGCAAACGUAAUGAUUAUACGACGAGAACAGGCUCUGAAGUCCCCCCAUCAACUGCCAAACACGCCUAGCGUUGUUUGCCUUUGCAUUUUAAUAGUACCACGAAGACGUUGAGGUCCAACCGAAGACAACCGCAUUUCAUUUACUGCGACAAAUCCAAUUAUACAUCUACAUAUGUUGAAGUGUGUGCAUUCCCAUCGGGGUCGCUUAGCCUUACGUUCUAUCUAUCCUCGCAUUGUAUCAAUUUAUUUAUCCGCAUCCCAAUAUCUCCAAAUUCUCUAAAGCGAAACAGUUUUCCCAAAUCCUACAGACUGCGCAUUACCCUUGUUACUGUUUUAUUGCGACAGUGUUUCAAAUAAAUAUACCCAAAGAGCGGAAAAAUAGCCAAACA